UCCUCUCUGCUCCUAACCCCCUCCAUACUGUCCUCAGGCUUACCUGAGCCACAACUGCAGAAACGCUGGACCCCCCUCAUCCACACACACAUACACACACACACACACACUUGUGCUCUCUCUGUCUCUCUCUCAUACACACGCACACACUCAGCUUUUCACCUGGAGAGAGCAGACGCAAGGGACGGCAUGUGCAGCAGCAGCAGCAGCAGCAGCAGUCUCUCCUCACAUCUAGUGCUGCCUCUCUGAGUUGCCUCUUUCUGGAGUGUGGAGAGGAACUCUGAAAAGAGAUUUUGGAGCCAUUGUCCCUUGGCGAAAUCAGGCGACACGGGGGCAGUGAGGGAACACUUGUCAACCCAGGGACACCAAAGGCAACACACAUCAUGAUUUUGGGAGGCAUAAACCGGGCUGGGGCGGCAGUGCCGACAUUCUUGAGGACCCCCACCAUGCUCCAGCCCCACCUGGACAUGAAGCACUUCCUGCAGUUUCCCAUGGAAACCGCCCAUCAUCCACACAGCAUGAACCUCUUUCACAACUUCAACACGAUGGAUCCGGUGCAAAAGGCCGUGAUCAACCACACCUUUGGAGUUCCACUGGUCAAGACCAAGCGGCCGGUCAUCUCAUGUAACGUCUGCCAGAUCCGCUUCAACUCAGAGAGCCAGGCAGAAGCCCAUUACAAAGGAAACCGGCAUGCCAGGAGAGUCAAAGGCAUCGAGACCUCUAAAAGUCGCCCUCAGGAUGGGGACAAGCCUCACACUGUGCCCACCACCUCCUCCCCUUCUCCACCCGGCGCCCUUGGCCCCGCCACGGACAACGAGCCCAGCAAAGCGGGUGAGACAGCAGAAAAUAUAAAACAUGAUGAAACACGACCUCUGUCACAAUUAACCGUGCCCCUGCUGGCCCCGGGGCCCCUUACCCCUCUUAUCGACCCGCCUGCCAUACCCAUGGACUGCUCCAUGCCCUCGGUGUGCCCCCUCUUGCCCACCCCCACUCCUCCUCUGAUCCCACCGUCCUCAUCCUCCCCCGGCUGCGGCACUGGCAGCCCCAGCUCAGAGCAGCCUGGAUCUGGACCCCCUGUUUCAGGAGCCGUCGGCAGCACGGCCCCCAGCCCGUCCAAUCCAGAGACAGAGGAGGACAAGGCCAAGAAGCUGCUGUACUGCUCACUGUGCAAGGUGGCUGUCAACUCCCUGUCACAGCUGGAGGCCCACAACAAAGGUACCAAACACAAAACUAUCCUGGAGGCACGGAGCGGGCUGGGCCCCAUCAAGGCGUAUCCUCGUCUGGGCCCCAAGCCCAUUGGAGAGCAGGCGGGGGGGCCGGUGGACCCCAACACUCAGGAACGAACCUUCCACUGUGAGAUCUGCAAUGUGCGGGUCAACUCUGAACUGCAACUCAAACAGCACAUAUCAAGUCGAAGGCACCGGGACGGCAUGGCAGGCAAGCCUAAUCCCCUCCUCAGCCGACAUAAGAAGCACAGGAUAGCUGAUCUGACGUCUUCUUUGACCUUCUCCAAAGAUCUCUCCAAAGCUUUGGGUGCAGGGCUUUUGCCCAGCCCCUUGGCUGUUGCUGCAGCAAUGGCCGCUGCAGCGUCCUCGAACCAGUUGGCUCUCCGUGCAGCAGCUCCGGGGCACCACCACCACCAUCACCUAUUGCAAGGCCCGCCUCUCAGCCACGCCAUCCUGAGACCCGCGCCCGGGCCCAUGCGCACCACCCACGGGCCGAUACUGUUCUCCCCCUACUGACUAAUCACCCCCUGACUUCGGCCAGUCAGGAACAGCCACUCCAAAAGCACACUGUGAAGAUACAAACAUGAUCAACAAACAGCAAUUGAUAAGGGGAAAAAAUCCAACCAUUUAAAUAUUGAACUUAGACAAAUGCAAGGGAAAGGAGCGGUGGAAUGAGUUAAAUUGUGUUUCUUUCCCUUUACCAGAAACUUUCCCUCCAUUUCAAAGACUUCUGAGUGAUCCAUGGAUGGACUGAGCUGAGGAGAACAUUUUCAUUAUGCAUUGAACUCCCUUGAACAUCUCGCACCUCCCCUGGUUCCUCUCCCUUGCACUGUGGCCCUGUCAUGGCCGCCUCAAUAGCUAAAGAACAAACUCAUGCACACCUUUCAAGAAACAUUAAACCACAUGUAGUGUUACAAAAUUAUUCUGGGCCCGGUUGGUUUUCUCCUGUCAUCACGACUCAACGUGUUCUUCUCAUCCUAUGCACCUCAAAACCAAGACAAUAAUGUUAUGUCAGUAGGGUAGCUGCUUCAAUCGGUCUUCACUGUUUGCGGCACAUGUAGCUGUGGUGACCUUCACAGCACUAAACAUGACCCCUUCUGCGCCAGAGGCCAACAACUUUGUGACAUUAGGUCUUUGUUAGAUACAACAUCACUUGUCUGACAGGCAGGUGGUAGUUUGAUGGUGGGAGGGGGUUAAAAGAGCAGAAAAGUGACUGUGGGGUAUCGCACACCCCCGUCAUUUCCUGAGACUGCGAGGUGAGAGGAGGGCUGGCACGGGUCAGAGGAUGGAUUGACCUCCGGCAGCCCGAACAAAUCUUUGUUUUAAAAUAGACUGCACCAACAAAAAACGCUACAGGGCACAUGUGUCAACAUCUAUAUCAGUCAGAGAAGGGCCUCACUUAAGAGGAAAAAGGAUGUGAGAAACAGCAGAAGAUGCAUUGGUACAUACUGUACUGCAGUAUUUGAUACAUGAUCUAUAUUUUUUGCUUUAAUUGGUGGCAAGAAUCUGUUCUUUUACUUACAGUCAUGAGAGAUGUAUGAGAGAGCAUAGUUCAUAUAUUUAUUUGGUGAGACGUCAGUUCAUAUUAAGCUAUAAAAAGGAAAGUUAUUGACCUCCUCACUUCACCUUGGUCAUUAUUCGCAGGCUGAUUCACUGUGUAGGUGGGGAGGUAUGACUAGGUGUGACCCUCUGUACUGAUGUAUUUAUGACGUGUUGCAUGCGGCCUCGUUAUAAGAUCCUGCAAGGUCAGGCUUCUGUAUCAUUGGGUUGAAUUCUUCCAUUAGCUGCUGUAUCCUCCUCCUCUUUCUCACCUCCCCCAUCUCCAAAGGUUCAGAGUCUGUAGCAGGGGGCACAUCAACAGUGGCAACCAUAAUGCUCAAAGCGAACAAAUUCAAGAGAGGAAGUUGAGUGGAGUGACAACCGAGCCAGAAGCCCAGCGAGGCUUCGGAGGCCUGCGAGCCGAGACGUCAGGCUGGAAGCAUCUACGAUUCUUUCCGUCUUACAAGUGAAAGCCAUGAAAUGCACCAUGAUUUGUUUUCUUUUACAAAGACUGGUGAGCACUUUGUUUUGUUUGCUUCGGACUGUUGGUUUGCAUUUAUAUCACACAUAAAAAAGAGCAAAAUAGGAAUCCCAAUAACAAUAUUUUUGUAGGUAGCAAAUGUUAAAAACUGCAGGGUGGAAUUAUAGGAUGGUGGAUUAUAUAAGAGUCGACCCAGACAGAGUGUAAGCAGACCACCUGACUGCAGAGAGACAGACAGAAGCUAGCUAAGCAGCGGCAGUAAACCUUUUUUGCUGAACGAGAUGUACACUGUGCCCUUUCAUUGAGAAGCAAUGAGCUCUAAUGUCUUACCUUUGUCUGAAUAUUGCAAUGCAAUGAGCAAUUUUUAUCAGAGUGACUUGUUAUCAUUGUGACAUGUUUUCUGGAGUCAUGUAUAAACUGGGAGUACACCAGCUGACAGCCUUUUCUGUUCUUCCAUGAGGAGUACAGGCCCUCGAAAGGCUUCAGAGAGGGACAGAGAGAUGGGGGGUGUAGCUGGGCUUACGGACCGACCCUUCAUAUUAAAGGGCCUUUUUACUUUGGUAAUCUCUGCUUGGGGAACAGGGUACAACACCAGGUAUCAAGGGAUUAAAGCUAGAAUUGUUCAACAUGCUUACUUUCAGUUGAAUCUGAGUUGCAUUUUUUUCUGUGUGUGUGAGAAAUGUGUUUAAGUGAAAAUCCUGAGGAUCAUUAGAAAUGCCAUGACUUAAAGAAGAAGCUGACUUGUCAGCUUCCACCGUUGUGCUCUUUUUGUUGCUGAACAAAACUUUUUUUGCAGAGUUCAUUUUGUGAGUAAGAUACUUUUCCAGGAUCUGUGCUCUCUUUCCUGUUGGUGUGUGUACCAUAUGUAUUUUAGUGUGUGUUGGGACCUACUCUAUCCCCACCUCCCUACAAUCUGAGACAAAGGCAACCUGGAGCUAUAAUGUGGCCUAACACAAUAAUGGAGACAAAAACCUGCAUGUUUUGUUUUGAAAAUAUUGAUCAGUCAUCCUGGAUUCUCGAAUCUUGAUCAAUAAGCCAAAUCAAAACAGUGCAGUCUUAUCCCUGGUAGGUCCGUCAAGUAGCAGCACCGCGGAUAUGUUCAUUCUGUGGUUAUUCCCACUAUUUCAUCCUCAUUAUUCACAUUAUGGGAAAUAAAUGUUAGAUUCCUACUUUCUGGGAAGGUAUUUCAUGUUAGCUGUGUUUAGGCUACUAGCCUUAGCCUUAUUCUGCCCUCAGCCUCUCUCAUAUCAGAGACAGAGAGAGAUGGAGAGGCUUUGGUGUAAUUUUGUCUUGCCAAUAAAGUUAUUUUUGAAUUUCAUUGUCAGAGGGGACAAAGAGUUUGUAUGGCGAACUGUAGCAAUACCUGACUCAUUCUGGCUACUCUUGUUUAUUGCAAUAAGAAGAUUUAACAAUAAAUGUGUAUGUGAGUAAAACAUUAUAAAUGUAAUUUAAAUGAAAAACAAACGUUAUGGUAAAUACUAUUGGUAUCAAGAGAAACCAUGGUGGGAAAAAAGUAAAUGUCAAUAAAUCAUUUAAUGAAACAAA